GAUCCUCCGACACUCAUGGCUGCCUUUAGUUUGGAGAAAUCAUACCCAUAUUCACGUAAAAGAUUAGGACUUUCCUUACUUCCUCUUUGCAUGGGAACACGCGCCAGUGAAGUCAUGAGAAGCGUCCCAAAGACAACUAAGAACAAAAGCGAAAUUCUCACGGCAGUUUUUGGAUUAGCCAUAGAUGCUGCUAGAAAAAUAGGAAAUGGAUCGAUGAAGUAG